CUCACACUGCCGCCGCCGUGCCAUGACCGGGCCCCAGUUCUAUGCAAGCUCGUUUGCGGACUUCCGGGACCUCGGCUGCGAUGGCGCUGCGCGGGAGGUCCUCGUCGAGGGCCUGCGGGCCCACCCGCGGAGCGAGCUGCUCCUGGACCUGGCGACCAGGGAGGGCGUGCCGCUGCCCGAGCCCCCGGUGGAGGCCAAGCCGCCGACCGCCGCCCCUGCCGCGCCCGCGCCCGUGCCCGCGGCCGCCCAGCCCGCUCCCGUCCUCCAGUGGAGGCCGCCCCCGCACCCCAACGCCCCGCUCGAGCGGGACGGGGGCGUCCCCGCGGUCCGGGCGCUCCGGGAGGCGCAGAAGGCGCACGCGGCGUUCGCGGAGGCGGACGCGGCGGCGUGGGCUGCGCGCCGGCGGGGGACCGCGGCGGAGCUCGUGGCCGAGGAGAAGCGCCUGCGGGACGCCGUGGUGCAGUCCAUGCAGGCCUGCAAGGCGGACCUUCGGCGGCUCAACCUGGAGUUCCGCACCGAGCACUGCCGCGCGCCCAGCUAUCCGGACACGCACGCGCUCGUGGACGACGCCGUGAGACGUUUGGGCGCGGAUGCCGCGCUGAGGGAGCUCUGCCUACGCGAGGACCCGUCGGCCUUCGCGGAGGACAGCUCAUGGGACGAAGAAGGCCCUGGCGCCUACUUGAGCCUGUCGCGGAAGAUGUCGGAGUUCGACGCGCCCUUCGAGCGGGCGAAGUACCUGGCGCAGACGGGGCCGGGCAGCGUUCACGAUGUGUUCGCUGCGAUCGCCAGGGAGACGGACUCCCGCGUGCGGGCGCUGCCCCCAGGCGGCGCGCAGGUGCUCGUGCUGGGCGGCCACGGCGCUUCGGCGGUGGCCGCUGUGCGGGCUGGGGCGGCGAGGGUCGUGGUGCUGGAGCCGCGGCGCUUCGUCGUCACCGCCGCGCGCGAGGUGCUGAGGCGGAACCUCACGGCCGAGGAGGCUGCCAAGUGCACUGUCCAGGAGUCGCUGGGGGCGGGCACGUGGGACCUCGUGGUCGUCGAGCUGUGGCACGGGACUGGCGGCCUGGCGUGGGGCCCGCUGGAGGCGCUCGAGGCGGCGGCCGCUGCGGCAGGCCCCAGUGGCAUCCGCGGCGUGAUUCCGUCGGGGGUUGCCGUGCGGGUCCAGCUGGCGGACGGCCGCCUGGCGGACCAGUCGGGCUUCGACCUGUCCCGCAUGGACGCGCGCUUCCGCGGCCUGACGCUGCCGCCGCUGCGGGCAGGGCUGCCCGAGGGGGCCGGCGGCGGCCCCCGAGGCCCCGGGGCGCACCCCACGGCAUUUCGCCCCAGGCCCCUCACGGAGGAGGUCGUCGCCUUCGAGCUGGACCUCGGCCGCGCCGCCAGCGUGCUGAGCGACGUGGCCGGCAGGGCCGUGCCUCUGCGGCCCCGCGGGCUCCGCACGGGGUGCGCCACCGCGGCCGUGGUGUCCCUGGAGCUCCGCCUGAGCGGGGCCGGCGCGGGGCGGGCGGAGCUGCGCUCCGCGCAGUGGCUGGCGGGCGGGUGCCCCGUGGCCGAGGGGCAGGAGGUCAGCGGCGUGUCGGCGCGCUGCGGCGCGGGUCGCGUCUGGGUGGAUUGGGACUGGUCCUGCGCGCGGGAGCCUCCCUUCGGCUAUGCCGCGCUCUCCGAGUGGUACUUCGAGAUGCUCCGGGACUCAGCUCGGCACGACCUGUACGAGGCGGCGCUGCAGGCGGAGAUAGCCAAGGUGAAGCAGGCCAUGGGCAAGUGCCGCGUGCUGGACGUAGGAAGCGGCGAUGGCAUCCUCUCCAUGAUGGCGCUGCGCGCGGGUGCAUCUGCCGCAGUCGGCGUGGAGGUCGUCACUGCCAUCGCCCGGGUUUCCGAGGAGGUGGUGGCGGCAAACCGCCCGGCGAAGCUGGACUCUGAGGCGCCCAUCCCGGCUCUGGAGUCCGCGCCGUUGGACAUUUGGUGCACUGACGUCCGCGGCGUGAGCGAGCCGCCCGACGACAUGAAGUUCAACGUGCUGGUGAGCGAGCUCAUGGACGCGUCGGGGCUCGGCGAGAACCUCGUGCAGCUGACGCGCAGCGCCCGCAGGCGGUUGUGCGUGCCGGGGGCGCCAGUCAUACCCGCGAGGCUGAAGCUCUUCGGGGUGCUCUGCGAGGUCAAGCUUCCAGACCUGAACGGCGUCAACAUGGAUGCGUUCUGGCCCUUCUGGCCCCUGGAACGUAUGGGCUCCUCGCUCUGGCUCACAGUGGAUUUGGACAAGGGCGAGGGGGACUUCAGGAUCCUCACCAAGCCCAUCGAGAUGCUAGACCUCGAGCUGGGCGUGGCGGACGUCGAUGACAUCCCGACGCGCCGCGAGCUCGACUUCGAGGGUGCGGAGGAUGGCACAGCUAAUUGCGUGCUCUGGUGGUUCGAGACGCAGCUGAGCACGGCGGAUCCGUCCAUCGUCCUCACGAACGCGCCCAAGUGCAUCGACUCCCGCCACGCGCCGACCUGCUGGGGGCAGGCGAUGGCUGAGCUCCGCACGCACCUGCCCGUCCGCACGGGCGAGCCGGCGGGAGUGACGAUGCAGAUGCCGUUCGGCGAGUAUCAGCUGAGAUUCCGGCCGCGGGAGGAGUCGGCCGCGCCGCAGGCGCCCUGCCACCUGGCCCCGCCCCCCGCGGCGCCGCCGUACAGCGAGGCCUAUCGCCAGGACAUGGAGGCGUUCCGCGCGUACCGCGACGAGAUCGACCGCCUGACCAAGGCGAGCCGCAUCGCCCACACCGCUUUCCGGCACGCGGACGUGGGCGCGAAGUGCGCCGUGGAGUUCUGCGCGCAGUGCUUGCAGUCGCAAUGCCAGCUGUUCGGCGUGGAGAUGAGCACCGCGGCCAGGAUGGCAGCUGGCUGGUAUGCAGUGGGGGGCGAGGGCCGCAUGUGAGUCGGCGGCGCUGAGAGGGGUGCAGGGCGAGGAGGCCUGCGCCCCUCCCCUGGCCCUGCACGCUCGCUGGUGCGCGCCGCCCGGCUGGGCCUCGCAGCUCCCUGCUUCGAGUCGGGCGUGCCUCUCUGCAGUAUUUUUGUGACCAAGUUCCGCUUUCUCUUCCAAGAUCCGCCUGCAGGAGGAGACGUGCCCGACCGAAUCCUUGCUCUCUUUUUUCUCCGCGCCCGGAGCGCUCCCCGAGCUCGAAGAGGAAGCGGCUGCACAAGCAUAGCUUUUCGACGCUCCGCGCGGAUUUCUUGGCCCUGCGCUGAGCCCCCCUCCUUGGAGCGCGGAGCGCGCCAGGGGCGGCGCUGGAGGCGCCGCCAGGGGAGCCCAGCGCAGAUCCAAGAAAUCCGCCCGAGACUCCAACAGUUUAUGCUUAUGCCGUUCAUCGUGCCUCUACGAACGCACCGGCCAGGGCGGCGCUUUUUUUUAAGAGCACCCCGCGCGUACCAGGCACGGCCUCGAAAAUGACUGC